UUUAAAACAAAGAAAGUAUAUCGUUUGUUGUGUGGAACGAAACUAGUGUAAGCGGCUCUGAUAUGACCACUUUGGGGCGCUGUCCACAGAUUCCAUACGAUCGUGUCAUCUUUCCUUACGGGACAAACCGCAGCGGCGUUGAUCGCUUUUGGAUUUCCAUUUUUCAUCUGGCAGACGGGUCCCAUUGUCCUUGAGAGGGGUACCCCCCUCUCCCCAGCUGUCACUUGAACCCCCUUUUCCUCUAUCUUCACACUCAACAUCCCUGCCUAAUAUCCCCAGCAAACCCAAAAUCCCCUCACGCAAAUACAGCCCUGAUGGCAGGGUGCCCACCACGACCUAGUGGCCAGUCUCGAUCCAGUAAAACGAGCCAGUUUAAAUUGGUUCUACUGGGGGAGACAUCAGUGGGGAAGUCCAGUCUGCUGCUGCAGUUUGUCAAAGGCCAGUACCAAGACUUCGGAGAAAGCACCAUUGGGGCGGCCUUUCUGACUCAGAUGGUGAGUGUAGACGGUGACAUGGUGAAGUUUGACAUCUGGGACACGGCAGGACAGGAGCGCUACCACAGCCUGGCACCUAUGUACUACAGAGGCGCUCAGGCGGCCAUAGUGGUUUAUGAUAUCACCAACACGGAGACCUUUGUACGAGCUAAAGCCUGGGUGCAUGAGCUCCAGAAACAGGCCAGCUCAAGCAUGGUGAUAGCCUUAGCAGGCAACAAGGCAGAUCGGUCGGCUAACAGAGCGGUGGAAUAUACGGAUGGUCAGGGCUUUGCUGCUGACAACAGUCUUCUCUUCAUGGAGACUUCUGCAAAGACAGCCAUGAAUGUCAAAAACCUCUUCCUUGCCAUAGCCAAGAAACUGCCCAAGAUAGAGCAACUAAGUGGGGUAUCGGGUAUUGCUGGGGUUCGAGGAGGACCUCCAGUGGUCCUCAGGCCGCCUACCCAGUCCAGUCCAGCCCAGUCCAGUCCAGCCCAGUGCUGUGGAAACUAAAGAGAGAAAGAACAGAAGCAAACUGAGUACACAACAGGACCAAAUGAGGGGGGAGGGAAGGCUCAAGAGGGAGUGGUAAGUGGCAACUAUGUUGAGAAAUAGGAGGAAAAUAAACUUUCAAAUUUAUUGUUUUUGUCAACUCAACACCACUGGUCAGCCCCAACCAGAUCAAAUGCACUUACUGUAGAUAGAAUCCUUAUGCCCCAGAGUACUAUGUAUUAACAUAACACUCCUGUAACAUUUUUCUAUAUUCUCAUGGGUUUCAAUUCUUUAAAGUCUGAUGUUGUCAGAAUGGAAGAUCAAUAUAAUAUUUUUAAAUCAAUCUACAAGGCUACCUGAAAGCGAUAAGGGAGGUGUAAUUUACCAAUCAUUUGACCCUUUUCAUUUUGUGUUUGAAGUUAGUAGUAAAUGAAAUGGAAACAGUGAAUGUUACCAUGUAUGGGUCAGAAAAGGAGGGGUGACCAGCUACUCCAAACUCAAAGACAGACUAAUGAGUACCUAUAAAGGGAUUUUUUACACUCAGCAGUUCUCCUAGUUGGCUACUAAGACCAAUGGAAAACAUACUGUGCUGUGGGGUCAUGAAGUUCUUGGCAAACACUUCCAAUCUGAGGACACUUAAACUGGAAGUGACAUUAUAUCACUCUUCCAGGCAGUGAGGACACACUGGAGCAAAUGAAUUAAAACAAACUCAGAGGCCAAAUGUAUGUUUGCACAGAACCCAGAUAUAUUUCAUGUAGUCCCUAAAAAAGGAAAGGACAUCAAAUGUAUGAAUGAUAUUUUUUUAUGCUAAGGUGUUCUCAUUUGGGCAAUAUUCCAUACUAUAGAAAAGAAAAGAUGUAUAUGCAGUAUAUAAUUUAUAGAAACGUUUACAGUACCGUUGACCCAGAUGUGUAGAACCAUGUACAGUACCGUUAACCCAGAUGGAUAGAACCAUGUACAGUACCAUUAAACCAGAUGUGUAGAACCAUUUACAGUACUGUUAACCCAGAUGGGUAGAACCAUGUACAGUACCAUUAACCCAGAUGGAUAGAACCAUGUACAGUACCAUUAACCCAAACGUGUAGAACCAUAUACAGUACCGUUAACCCAGAUGGGUAGAACCAUGUACAGUAGAGUUAAUCCAGACGUGUAGAACCAUGUUCAGUACCGUUAAACCUAAUGUAUAGAAUUACGUACGGUACAACUAACCCGGAUGUUUACAACCACAUACAGUUAACCCACAAGGUUACAGACUGUUCACUUGUGAUGAUGGUUGAACAAAUCUUUUGUCCAAAUACAUAGAGAUGGCAUUAAAAACAGGAAAUAGGACUAUGAGGAAAACAUUUUACUGUGGUCUGACAAAGUCAUGAUUCAAUCACAUUUUCCAAAUGCCCCAUUUGACAAGGGAUAUUUUAAUGGCCAAAAACACUUUGCUCAUUUCAGUUUCAUGUAAUCCCCUAACGGUUGACAGGGUUGGGAAAGGUCAAAGGGCACACUAGAUUUGUAUGCUCAUAUAAAACAACUUUUGUUAAACCAGGCCAACCGAGCAUGAUAAGUAAGGCCUGACCCAAAGUAAAUGGUCACACUAUUUGUGCUGCCAUUUAAUGCUGUGAUAUAAAUUCUGGAUUCAUGUUAUGCCUUGUUCUUCUAUGUCUUUCAGUCAUAUUACCUCACUCAUUAUGCUCUGGUCGAAGAGCCACGGUGGCAAGAGCACUGUAGUAAACAGUUUAAUGCUUUCAUUUAUUAAACACUCACAGGCUGUGAUGUUGUAGCCAUAUAUCACUGCACUUAUACUUUAUAUUUUGUACACUAAAUAUGUUAAGCACUUAUGUAUUGUGUUGUAAUUCAUGUAAGGUUUUCCUGGAAGAAUGGUAUUUGUGUCUAGUUUGAUAUAGCUGUCCAGUAUUAAUUAUCCAGACGUGUAGAACUGGUGGAAAAGGUGACAAGGUUCCUACAUCUUGCGGCCUUGACUGUCUGGAAGAUCUAGAAGGCUGAUUGUUUUCACGAAAACAGAUUGUUUAGUAGCUGCACAUUUGAAAAACCCUGGUCCUGGUAUAGGCGAUUCCUUGUAUUUUUAUUUUUAUUAAGGCUCAGAAACAUACGGCCAGUUCUGAUGUCAUUUAUCUGGGGGUAUAAAAUUCAUGUUACGGCUAUAAUUUCUUUGUAGAAAAAAGGUUGGUUUCUGUGAUCAGGGUGUUUCCCCAGGUACCACUAGGUCUAUUUGUGAAUAAACAUAUUUUUCUGAACUAUCA